AUGUCUGUGGAAACUUCAAAGACUGGCCUUGAUCGUGGUGUGCCAACAGAUGACGCAUGGAAGAUGGCGCUGCCUGCUACACCAGCACCGCCACCGCUGUACCACACCCAGUGGCUACCAAGCCCUCCCGACAGCCCUCUGGAAUUCUACGACGAUCAUCAUCAGAAUCUUUGCGAGAGCUCGCCUCAUAGCUCUGGGCAUCGGGGCUCUUCGGCUGCGAUGGAAGGUGAAUUUGGAGCGAAACUGCUCGAACCCACGGCUGAAGUCGGACCUAUUAUCAAGGUCGAGAAGCAGUCAAGGCCGCAGAAGAUCGUGUCCCUGCCGGUCCCUUGCCAAGGAAUCAAACAAGAACUCAAGACACGGCCAGCACCAUCACGUCAGCCAUUUACAGACCCCAGGCGACUAUUGUCGCAUGAUACAAGAUUCGACGAUCCGAGGCCUCGGUAUCUCAAGAUCGAUUUAGCUUCAACACGACCAGUAGUCAUCAGCCCGGUACCGAUGAUUGCCAUGCCUUUCGGAGACAUCGUGGAAGCGGCGUAUGUGUACUCGAAAGAUGCGACCGAAUAUCGAUAG